CCGAAGCACAAAGUCGUGCCCAAUCAGCAAAACCAGAUAACGCAAUAGCAGAAGCAACAGGACAAGUAGCCAAGGCCAGAAACACUAAGCAAGACCCAUCCACAGAAUAAAUUCGACAAGCAGCAAACAUCAAGUCUUAAGCACUCACUCUGAAAAAAACGGCCUUUCUGGAAUAACCACAGUCACAGAUUUCAGACACUAACCAUCUAAGAACUUUUUUUUUUGUGAAUUUAGCUGAAACAUUUCCGUCAGUUGAAAAAGUGCAAAAGGCAUACAGUUUUAAAAGUGUAGUUUCGUAACUUCUUCAAAAGUUUCUGCGUGUGGCGAAGCUCGCUCUGAACCAUCAAAGUGCUUCCAUUACUUUCGUAUCUAAAUUUUGGCGCCAGAAGUUAAAGACAGGAUGAUUUUGGUAAUCAUUGUCGUAAGCGCCAGCAUUCUUAUCUUCCUGGGAACUUGCAUCUGCAUGACGUGUACCGUAUGCUGACUAGACGGAUAACCCCCGGAGCGGCUUUGACCGAAAGCACGGCCAGAGUCUCCGCCAAUACCAAUACCACCACCACGGCCACGAAGCCCAAUAUCCAUACCAGUAACACCACCAUUACCAUCGCCGAUCCACGUUUAAGUGCAGAUUUAUGUUUUACUUAUAUCCUAUCUUUUUUAUGCCACUGAUGCUGCCACUGAGUUCGCGGAACUCAGGCGAAACAACCAUCGAACCAAUCGAAGAGUCACUGCCAAAAAGCGACGACGAAGAGCCAGCAGCCAUUGACACUGCACCAACAUCAAAAGCCCCAGCAACAGCAACAGCCAAAUUAUACUUUCUUCUUUCCAAGCACCAAAGAGCACACCACUGUUAGCAGCACUUUCAACAAUCAAAAACUACAACUAUACAUAACUAAAACUACAACGUGUUGCAAAAUCCACAACACCAGUGAAGAAAAGCGCCAGAGCAGCGCAGCAGCCAACGUGAGCGUCAUCAUUGCCCUUCGCACGUCUCUGGGGCAAAACAACCACAAUGAUAACGAGGCUAUACCACACCGAAGAGGAUCCCGCCUACUGUUCGUUUAUCUGGGGGUCUAAUCUCAGCAGCUCCACUGAUGUUCUGGACGCAGCUGCCAAUGCCACGCCCGUCUUUGGCACCGACUUGCGCGAUGACAUCUACCGGGAUGUGGAGGAUCCACGUACGCAGACUCUCCGUGAGUACUGCUAUGGGAUUUUGCUGCCCAUCAUCUGUGCAAUGGGAAUCAUUGGCAAUGUACUCAAUUUAAUUGUGCUCACCCGUCGCAACAUGCGUGGCACCGCCUACAUUUAUAUGCGGGCAUACUCCGCCGCAGCACUGCUUGCGAUUCUAUUCGCAAUACCCUUCGGCAUCCGUAUGCAGGUCCACAAGGAUCGCGGACAGUGGGAGGAGUUCGGUCCCGCCUUCUACACGGCUCACUUGGAACUCUACUUGGGCAACGGGUGCUUGGGUGUGGGCGUGAUGAUGCUUCUCGUACUGACACUCGAGCGCUAUGUCUCGGUAUGCCAUCCUGGAGUCACGCGCCCCGUCAUGGGACGGCCUGGAUUGGUGGUCUUUCUCACCUCUUUGGUUACCAUCAUCGCGUACUUGCCGAGCAUCUUCCGGGGCGAGCUGAUUAAGUGCAUUCUCUCCUCUCCCGAUGUCUAUGUUUAUCUACGACGCGAUAACACUAUCUACCAGCAAACCAUGUUCUACAAGGUAUACAAGAUCAUGCUGGAGAUGGUCUUUAAGUUGAUUCCGACAGUGGUGAUCGGAGGCCUGAACUUGCAGAUUAUGAUUGUAUACCGACAAACUUGCGAACGCCGCCGCCAAAUGGUUUUGACCCGGGCCAACUCGAACUUCCACAAGGACGAUGACCCGAGGAAGUUUGCGGAGGAGCGUCGUUUAUUUCUUCUGCUGGGUAGCACAUCGAUCCUAUUCUUGGUCUGCGUUUCGCCGAUGGCUAUACUUCACAUGACCAUCGCUUCGGAAGUGUAUCCGAGCUUCCCGUUUCAGGUCUUCCGUGCCAGUGCUAAUCUUUUGGAACUGAUCAACUAUUCGCUUACCUUCUACAUCUACUGCCUCUUCAGCGAGGACUUCCGCAAUACCCUCUUCCGCACCUUCAAGUGGCCCUGGCUGAAGGGACAGUUGUGCCACCAGGUGGACCUGGAGGUGAGUGCUAGCCCCCCCGCGACUGCGGCCACAGCUGCAGCUACACCUCAAGCAGGCAAUAGUUCUAAUUUUACUACUACUGUCACUAUACCCAAAUGCAUGCCACGAUUGCCAAACCCGACUCGCCACCCACAUCAAUUAGCCCGUCCAGACAGAAAGGGGCAUGCCAAUGGUGCACUUCGCGAAGGUGUCCAAGCAUCCCCAUUUCAACCGCAAUAAAACAGAUACCACCACAUCGAGCCUUGAUUUGGGACGCUCUACCAGCAUCUAGCCUCGACAGAUUAACCCCUACAUUACCACCACGACCGUUUAAGCACUCAAGCACAUCCCAUCUAUCCUGCAGACACCACCCUUCUAUACUCCACACUCCAAGAUCGAGCCCGAGUCUGAGACUUAUCCUGUCAAUAUCAAGCAUUAAGUUUGAACUAUCAAUAACGAUAGCGCGUAUUAAUGACGACUAACAUACAAAAAACAUGUCUUUGUCUUUUGAAUGUCUAGAUGUCCACUUAUAAGUAACUUAAUAAUAUUAUUAAUAUAUGUAUAUGUACACACUAAUUGGUAGCUCUAGGCUGAGUGAUACCAAGUGUAAUUGAAAGACAGAUAAGAAAUGCCAAUACAUAGAUUUCAUUCCACACACACACACACAAAGAAAGUUGGAGAAGAGUUUAAACACCAUCGUAUGUUGUAUGGUGUAGUAUACGUUACCAUAUUCACUUAUGUACGGUCCACGGUCUGAAACAAGUAGAAGCUUGUUUCGGAAUAGUUAGAUAGAAUACUCGAAUACUAUACGAGCUUAGCUACAGAUAAACAGAAGGGCAUGAAAAACAAAACUAUAGUAAAAUACAUGAGAAUACAUAAGUAUACAUAAGUUUAGUCGAUACGAUAUUCGCGAAAGCUUAGCUGCAGACGAAUAUAAAGAGAGAUGAGGGGAGAAAUGAUACGGUAUUAGAUGAAUAAACAGAAGAAUAUGGGAGAAAAAAAGACAGAAUGGGAGAAAGAGAGAGAGAGAGUUUUUUGGAGCUCCGAUAUUCCCUACGGUAUGAACUUACUUUCUAUCAUCUCGAUAAAAUAUAUACAUAUAUUGUAGAGUAUACGCUACUCUGAACGUUAUGAAAGAUCCUAGAUAAUGUGCUACGCCAUACAAUUCAUAAAAAAUGUUCUAUGGGCGAGACAGAAAUUUCUCGAAACAGAUUUCUCGAGCUUAAGUGCAAAAAAAAAACUGAUCGGUAUUCAGGAUUUAGUUAAGAUCGAUAUUUGGCGUUAUAUUAAAAAAAAAAAAAAAAUAAAGUGAUAAGUGAAAAUACGAUUUUCGGAAAAAAAAAUUUUUUUAAAAGAUAGUUUGCUUAGACGCCUGAAGCAAAAUACAUAUGUGUGUGUGUGUGUCUGGUAUAAUUAUAUGUAAAAAUUUUAUGUAAAAUUUAAAAAUUAACAGAUGCAGAGAUACCGUACGAAAUAUUGACAGAGCGAUCGACAAAACGACCGACAGAACAGAGAGACAAACUUAUGGAGAAUCAUGCGAUGUUGACACAAACACAUACAUACAAUAGGUACUACUAUUAUAUAUAUCGAUCUAUAAAAAUUUAAGUCAAUAUUAUAAGUAAUCGAUAUUUGUGUGAAACGCGUUUUUAUGUAUACACUUGACUAUCUGUAAGUUGAGAUAUAUCUGUAUAUAUCUACAUAUACACUAACGUAUCAAUUGAUUUUAGCAUUUAAGUGGUGGGUGCAAGAGGGAGAGUCCUUAGUCAAAAUUUUCUCCGUAAUUGAUCGUACAGGUCCUGAGCACCUUUCGUUUUACGAAUUUAAUAUUAAAUUGUUGUGUAAAUUGAUCUGUUAAGUUAAUUAAUUGUAACCACUGUAAACAAUUGUACAUUUAGUUAUAAAUUUGGUCUAAGUUAGUUAGUUUAGUCACAAAAAUUACGGAAGAACCUUCUUAGAGAAUGUAGCACUCUUGUUUACGGAGGUUGAGCUAAGAGCCAGGCCUACUUCCCCUUUGACGUUUCACAUUUUCUUUUCUGCCAGUCUUAUGGGAAUGCGAGAAUAUAUUCUCAAAUUCUCCAUCCUCUGUACCACUAGUACCAAACUAAGUGUGUGUGUACCUCCGAUCCACUUAGAGAAACCCUCCUUACAACUAUAAAACAUCUAUUUACCGUAGCCUCAAACAUUGUGGAGACCAGUAAAGGUGGCGCAUUGCGUACCAAAGUAUUUUCGUCAUGAUAUUCCACAAAAUGAAAGCAACAAUGUGCGGGGCAAUUAAAUCGUUUGCGCACCACAUACUCGUAUGUACUUUAUUAUGUACAUAUGUAUAUGGUGUAAUACGCGUUAACAUACAUUAGUAUGUCUUAGUCACAAUAUAUCGUAUAUGUGGUUCGAUAAGCAUAGCAGUGGUGACCAUAGUCGAUGCGAUUUCCGUAACAACGUCGGUAGGGUAUGAAUUUCUGAAACGGUCACAAUAAUCGUUUCGGUAUGUUUUACAAAACAUUUGCUUCGAUAUUCGUUGUCCAAUCAUGUGGCAUACGUGACGAUAAACUUAUUGAAUAUAAAUAUAAAUGUAAGCAAUAUUUCAACAUGAAGUAUAUCAGAAAGAUCUUUAAAAAAAAUAUUCAGUUCAAGAUCAAAUAAUCAAUCAGAUUCAUACAUAACCAUAACUAUCCUCUGAAUGGAAUGCAAGCUAUGGAAUGUCAUAUGCUAACUCAUCUUUUUGCGUUUUGUGUAAUCUCAGUUAAUAGCCAAGAAAUAUCGAAUGCUAAGCAAAAUCAUCCAACGAAAAUUCAACUAAGCUCGAAUUUUGACCUCCAAAAAUGUUGGUAUUUAAGGUAGGAGAAAAUUGAAAAGAAGCCCAUUCAAGGGAAAAAUUAAAAAUAAUUAAAAUAAAGCAAACAAUUAA